UCCCGCUCCCCUCGGCGCCGGGCGGCCCCGGCCCGCGGCGGCGGCGGCGCUGACAGCCCGCCCGGAGCCCCGGGGGCGGCCGCGGCCACCAUGUCGUCCCCCAGCCCGGGCAAGAGGCGGAUGGACACCGACGUGGUCAAGCUGAUCGAGAGCAAACACGAAGUCACAAUCUUAGGAGGACUCAACGAAUUUGUUGUGAAGUUUUAUGGACCACAAGGAACACCCUAUGAAGGUGGAGUUUGGAAAGUUAGAGUCGACCUUCCUGACAAAUACCCCUUCAAAUCCCCAUCUAUAGGAUUCAUGAAUAAAAUCUUCCAUCCCAACAUUGACGAAGCGUCAGGAACUGUAUGUCUAGAUGUAAUCAAUCAAACUUGGACAGCUCUCUACGAUCUCACCAACAUUUUUGAGUCGUUCCUGCCCCAGCUGCUGGCCUACCCCAACCCCAUCGAUCCUCUCAAUGGGGACGCUGCAGCCAUGUACCUCCACCGACCAGAAGAGUACAAACAGAAAAUCAAAGAAUACAUCCAGAAAUAUGCAACAGAAGAAGCACUAAAAGAACAGGAAGAAGGCACUGGGGACAGCUCAUCUGAGAGCUCCAUGUCUGACUUCUCUGAAGAUGAGGCUCAGGACAUGGAGUUGUAGUAGAGGAGGCCACCUGCUUUUCAGAGAGACUCUAAUUUCCUAACCAUGAGAAGCAGACUAUAAUAUUCAUAUUUAAACAAAGCAAUUUUUUUUAUUACUAAACAAGGUUUUUAUGAAUUCUAGCAUUGAGCUCUAUAUAUAUAUUUAUAUAUAUGUGUAUUUAUAUAUAAAUAUAUAUAUAUAUAUAUAUAUAUCACCCUUUAGGUCUUGAUUUUCUCGGUGAUGUCCCUGUUCCCGAGGUGCAUUAGAGCAUUCCCAACAUUCCAUUCUGGUAGCAAUAUGCAGGAUGCAUGCCUUGAGAUUUUCCAUUUGGCCGAGUCAGCUUUGGUGUGCUACCAAGCAGUGCCCUGGGAGGGAGGGGACGAGCAAAAAAAAAAAAACCCCAAAAUCCAACCAAGAGGUUAAAAAAAGGAAGAGGGAUUUGCUGUGGGAUCCAGGCUUCCACCUGAGAUGUUGGUGUUUCCUCCAGGUCUAAAUCCUUGGGGCUGCUCCAGGGAAUAAAAGAGAGGUUUCUCUCCAGGGAGGGCAGGGCUGGAGCCUGCGGGACUCGCUGGGGAUUUCAGCCGCCGCCUCCUCCCUGCCCCGGGGCUCCCGAGAGCUCUGGGUGUCCCUGCUCUGCCCGAGGAGCUGCUCCCUGCCUGGGAGGGAAGAACCCCACGGAUGAGGAUGCUCCUGGAGCCAUGGAAGCCCAGCUCCUGCUCUGCCCCACCUCGGACCCUGCUGCCCUGCCCUGGCUCUGUCAUUUGGGGGCUUUUUUCUUUCUUUCUUUUGCCCCCUCCCUCUUUUGCUGGAAAUGUGGUUCAGACACCUGCCAGAGGCUGGCUGUGACCUGGGAGUUCUCCUCUGACCAGAUGGAUUGGCCUUGCCAGAGCUUCAGCUCCACGGAAUUGUCCCCUUGGCCCGAGUCCACGAAUCCAUCGGUGCCCGUCUUGAUUUUCCUUUUUGGGUUUUUUUAUUUUUUUCCUUUUUAAAUCUUUCUUUCCACCCCCUUCUGCACCAGCUUGGUUUCCAUCUGCUUGUGUGUGUACAACAGGAGAAAAAUUCCUGAAGAGUUAACAAAGAAAAUUAUCUAGGAAGAAAAAAACAACCACAAAAUUUGAGCUGAAUAAAAAAAAAAAAAAAAGACUAAAAAGCACCAAUUGAGGAAGCAAAUGAAUUCACUCUUUGGUUUUUUUGUUGGUUGGUUUGGUUUUUUUUUUUUGGUUUUUUUUGGUUUUUUUUGGUUUUUUGGGUUUUUUUCCAGGAUGUUUGGGAAUUGGAAUGUUGGAUUUCUCCUGGUGUCUUGCAGCAAAGUGAGAGAUUUUUUUUUUUCUUUUUUUGCUGUUGUUCCUAGAAAUCUGAUAAGUAAAUGUCUCCUUGGGAUACUUGAAUUGGGAUAAUUGUGCAUCGGAGAUUGAAACUGAGAUGGAUUUUUAAAGCUGAAUGUUACCUGCUGUUUUCUUUUGGGGAUUUUUGGAGGGGUUUGGACAAGAUCUUUUCAUUUGUGAUGCGACCUGCAGGAAGAAAUCAUCCCACCCUGAGCGACUCUGGAGCAGAGUUCUGAAUGUCAGACUGGUACAUUUGUCAUUUCCCCAGAAUUCUUGGCCUUUGUUUCCUUUUCCUUUCCAGCUCCACCAGCUGGGGCUGGCAGAGUCCAUCCCCACCUCUGAUUCAUAAAGCACAAUCAGUUUCUUUCACUUCUGUUGCUUUUGGGGGGAGAAAACAAAAACUCCAUCAAGUCCCACUUGGCUUUGGCAUGAAUUUCCUUAAUAAAAAAACCUACCAUGAA